AUGGAUGUAGAUUGGACCCUAGUAGCGACAUCAAGGGAGGGCGACGCCUGGGUUUCCUGCUUUUUCUACUACGGUUGGUUUUCGAACCUGACUCUCUCAAAUGCCUCGGUGACCGUGCUGCUUGUUCUCUUGAAGAGCGACAAGGCUCGCUUCGAAGAGCAGAAGGAGAUGAUGCAGUUCCACUCCUUGCAUGACGCACAUUGUUCAAAACUCGACGAUGAACAACGAAUCAGACAGACCAUUGCUGGUGCUGAGGAUGAAGUGGAGACUGUGAUCGGCAUUCUGUUAACUGCUGGUGCUUAUACAGACAACCUGCGUCGGUCCUGGGAGAAUGGCUUGAACAUUGAGCGGGCAGGAGUGACUGAUGUGAAGACUGGGGUUUCCUUCUCCAUGCUUGCUUGGUCAACUACUGCGCUGGAUUUGCUAUCACGCAGGUCACUUCGCGCACCGCUUUUUUUUUGGAUUUCUCUGCCUGCUGUACAUUGUCUCAGUGUUGGCUAUCCCCUUAUCGGUCUGGAGGCUGGAGAGGCAAGGUCCAGAUACUGCGGUUUUUACUCUGCAGACUUGGGGCCUUUGGGGUAUGUUCUGUUUGCACGUGCCGAUACUGCUGUGCUAUCUGCAAGGGUAUGA